CACAAUGGCCGACGCGAACAUUCAGACCCUUCUCCAGAAGCCUCGCUCAGAGUGCACGGAAUAUGAAAUCGCGCAAAUCGAGGAAUAUGAAUUGAGCAACGGUCCCCUCUCGCUUCUUCAGACAGCCGUGCGAACAAAUACCCAGGUCUUGAUUAGUCUGCGGUCGAACCGGAAAUUGCUUGCUCGCGUGAAGGCGUUUGAUCGUCACAGUAACAUGGUUCUUGAGAACGUCAAAGAGAUGUGGACUGAGCCCCAGAAGGGCGGCAAGGGACGACCGGUGAACAAGGAUCGAUUCAUCAGCAAGAUGUACUUACUACUCCACCUUGUUAAGAGAAGACCGUGCUGAUGGCGUCGUUACUAGGUUCCUACGAGGCGACAGCGUCAUCCUCGUUCUGCUCAGUUAAUUGUCGGCUUCGAACAUCACUGACGGAUUAUUGACAUCUCUCCCGGCUCGGAGUUCGGUUCUGGCUUUGGCUCUUCGUUGAUUGAAAGAAUAAAGAAUACCCGCGUGGUUACGGCAAAGGAUGGGUGCUAUUGUGGCUGUCUCUACUGCAGACGGACGCAUCGGAUGGAGGCUCGACACGACCUGUUGGUGGUAUUAUAGGACAGUCCCAAUGUUGGAAUGAGGCCGGGCGGCAUAUAGGGCCCCUUCUGACCAUUGUCAGCGGAAUGAUGUGAGCGGUACCGUGCCGCGUACGAGUAUACAGUCCGUAGGUAGCAAUCUGAACCCUGAAACACUU